AUGGGAAGCCUCUCCGAGACCUCGACGUUGCCGUACUGGCAGGUCAACGUCCCGCCCGAGAGCCGCACGGACGAGUGCCCGGAGGGCCUCCGCAACCUCUCGGCCAAGGACGUUGGGAUCCUGCGCGCUCCGGACGGCGCCUACCGCCCGCAGACAUGGGACGAGGUCCGCCGGCUUGUGGCGACGAACCGGCUCGACCUGUUCCAGCGCGUGCCAUCGGAGCUACGCCGAUACCGGCUGUUUAUUCAUCAUCUGAUCAAGGAGCACGGGAGCGUCAUGAACUUUGUCUUGAAGCACCGGCUGGGAUGGCAGGAGCCGCUUGAGGCUGUAGGGAAGCCGUUCGAGACGGAGGGUGAUUGGAAGGUGCUGUAUAACGACUGGCCGUACGGGAUCGAUUCCCGGAUCGUGCAUCUUGUUGUCUGGACAAAGUUUGAGCUCGAGGAGAACCCGGCGACGGGAGAUCUGACGGAAGGGGCCAGGGGGGAGAUUGAUACCUUUGUGGAAAGGACGUUCCGGGCAAGGACAAAGCCUGACACGGUCAUUUGGUUCAAGAACUGGCGGAGUCUCAAGUCCGUCCACGCCGUCGAGCACUUCCACGUCAUGCUCUUCGACCCUGAUCCCGAGUUCAUCCGGGACAUUACCAGCGGGGAUGUCCCGCAGUGUGACAAAUUUGAGGCAUGA